GUGCACGCCAUUUUUGUCCCACCCUACUUGUUGUUGCCACGGCCUUCUUCGGCAUUCCUGCUAUACUGCGCUUCGUUAUAUUAUCAAUAGAUUCCAGUUCUAUACAUAGCGAUUCCUUUUACAUCUCAUCUGCGCAUAAUAAUUUGUACCCAUGUGUCACAUUAUAAUACCACGAACAUCCCUCAUCAUGCGAACAUUCUUCUCACCGUAUUCCUGCUCGAGCCAACUAAUUUCUGCGCCAAUAAAAUGACCUCCUUAACUCGGCUGCUCACUCUCACUUUCUGGCUGGUUCUUCUCGGCUUAGACAUCAUCAGAGCUACUGAUGCGGACACCUGUAUGUCAGCAUGCACGGAUUGGGCGGUUGUCAUGCUGUACUGUCGGUGGGAAUAUGCUGAUAGAUUCACUACCAACCAGGAUGACUACAUUUAUAACAACCAAUUUGUCGCAUGCUUGUGCCAAGGGCAAACGGCCAGUACUGCUGCAUUGGGCAAUUCGACCAUUUCUGCAUCUGCUUCUACAUGCUCAACCUGUGCAACGACACCGAGUCUUAUCGUUCAGAACAUCAAUGAUUUCCUUGACAUAUGUACUGUCCAAGCUCAGAAUGGAACAGCCAGCGGGGCACUGACUUACCGUCCUCAAGUGUACAACACAAAUACGACCGAUCCCCAGCCUGCAGAAUAUUACUCAUAGGUACAUUGGCGUGUGGGACUUGUGGGAAGAGCGUUGAUAAAGCAAGGUCGAUUGCCGACAAAUCCGGACUCUAAAAGGCGGUGUAUUUGAUGCCCUUCAGUAUUCUGCGUAUGAUAACAGUAGUGCUCAGCGUCAUGUAGCAGGAGCAUUUGUAGACUAUACGCAAGUGAUAUUGAUAUGGCGCGAGGGAAAGGAUUAUCCUAGAUGCAGAUGAACGAUCUUUUUAUUUGUGCCUUCCGUGCAGCGUAUCAGACUUUGGCGAAGAUUUCGCUAGCGUAGGAUCGACAGAUGAGAUCUUGGCCAUUCAGGAGAUGCAGUCUACUACUG